GGGGCCCUUCUCCCACCUGCCGGGAGGCCACCCAGGCUGUGAGAGCUGCAGGUGACAGGGUGCCUGCGGGGAUUUCGGAAGAGCUGCCAUCCCGGAACUGAUCCUGGAGCCUCAAUCCUCUGAGCACCUAAGAAUUCCCUCAGCCCUGGCCUAGCUGAUUGACCUGCCUCAAAAACCCAGCCCGCAGGUCCAUGGCUGGGAGGCCUGUGCCCCUAGGACGCCAGGAGGAGGAGGCCGCCAAAGAGCCCGGGGCGAAGCUGUCGCUGGUGCGGCCCCCGGGCCACCUGCCCAGCAUCGAUGAGGCCCGGCCCGCGGCCCCGGGCCCAGCCUCCCGCCGCGGCUCCGUGCUGGGCCCGACUGCAUCCUUUUCCCGCCGCAACUCGCUGGCCGGCCCAGGCUUGGGUCCCGGCGGCCGGCGGCCAUCCUGGGGCCCAAUGCCCCCGUUAGGCUCGAGGAUCAGCUUCUCGGGGCUGCUCCUGGCACCUCCUCGGCGGAUGGCGCCCUCGUACCGCACCGAGCCGGCGCCCGGGGAGCGCUGGGAGGCCGUGCGGACGCAGCACGCCCUGGAGGAAGUGCUGGCCACCGGACUACGAGACACGGUCUACCCCGGCCCCAAGGCGGGGGCCCUGGCGCGGGCGCUGUGCGAACGGGUGCACGCGCGCCUGCGGGAGCUCGGCCCGCCCCGCCACAAGCUGGUGUGCAGCGUGGUGCUGGGCCAGCGCGCCGGCCAGGGCGUGCACGUGGCCAGCCGGGCGCUCUGGGACGGCGCCCACGACGGCCUGGCCUCCGCCACCUUCACCAACGCCUCGCUCUUCGCAGUGGCCACCGUCCACGGGCUCUACUGCGAGUGA